AAACCGGCUUUCAGCUGUCAUUAUUUCAUGAAUUAAUGCUCUAAAGCUGAAAUAAUAUCUGAAUUUCAAAAUGGCCUCUGAUGACAUAAAGGAGAAUUCCGAAGUUAAAGAAUCUAGUAAUGCUAAUAGUGUAGAACCACCUCCGCCGCAGGACACGGAGUCGCCUCCUAUAAUCGAUUUGGAACUCCCUUCAAAUAUUACCGCAAAUUCUUUAGGGGAAAGCGAAGAAUCUGACGAAGAUAAAGAUGAAACAGGAAGUGUAAUAAGUACGGCGACGACUACUACAUCGCGUAGUAAAUCGCCCAAUAACAGGAAGAAUUCAAAACCACGAAAAAAGUCGAAAAAGACAGUAAAACCACUUUACAAAUAUAUUUGUCAUCUGCGCGAGGAUCACGGUCAACCCUUAUUCGGUGCACAGUUUAAUCAGCAUCUUAUUAAGGAGCAGGCAAUUUUCGCAUCAGUGGGAAAGGAUCGUAUAUCAAUUUAUGAGUGUCCACGGGAAAACGAGCAAGGUGAUAACAAUGCAACUGGAAUAAAGUUGCUCCAGUGCUAUGCUGAUCCUGAUCCCGACGAGAAUUUUUAUACAUGCGCCUGGUCAUACGAUCCUGAGAACGGCGAUCCAAUACUUGCAGCCGCUGGGUAUCGAGGAGUUAUACGCAUUUUCAAUCCAUCGAAACAUAUUUGCACUAAGCACUACAUUGGUCAUGGGCAUGCAAUAAACGAAUUAAAAUUUCAUCCCAAACUGCCUCAGUUUCUAUUAUCGGGCAGUAAGGAUCACUCGCUUCGGUUGUGGAACAUUCAAACAGAUGUAUGUGUGGCUAUAUUUGGAGGUGUUGAAGGACAUCGCGAUGAAGUUCUUUCAUUGGAUUUUGAUUUACGUGGCGAUCGCAUUAUGUCUAGUGGUAUGGAUCACUCAUUGAAAUUGUGGCGCCUUGAUAAGCCUUCGAUUAGGGAUGCUAUUGAAAAUAGUUGCACAUUUAAUAUCAGUAAAAACGCAUCACCGUUUCCAACAAUUAAAGAGCAUUUCCCUGAUUUUUCUACACGAGAUAUUCAUCGGAAUUAUGUAGACUGUGUCCAAUGGUUUGGAGACUUUGUUCUUUCCAAGUCAUGCGAGAAUUCUAUUGUAUGUUGGAAGCCUGGCAAACUUGAACAUACCGAUGUUAAAGCUCAGGAUUCUACAACAACAAUUAUACAUCACUUUGACUAUAAGGAAUGUGAAAUAUGGUUUGUUCGUUUUGCUUUCAAUUUUUGGCAGAAAGUUUUAGCUCUGGGUAAUCAGCAGGGCAAAACUUAUGUUUGGGAAUUAGAUAAUUCAGACCCAAAUUUAACGAAAUGUAGCACAUUGGUACAUCCUAAGUGCACAAAUGCUAUUAGACAGGCGUCGUUCUCCAAAGAUGGAUCCAUUUUGAUAUGUGUUUGUGAUGAUGGCACCAUUUGGCGAUGGGAUCGUUCAAAUUAACUUUUCAUUCAAAUCUCAGCAAAACAUUUUUCACUAAAUACAUAUGUUAGAUAUAAUCAUACAAAAUCUGUGAAGAGCAUAUUUUUACCCUUAUGAAUG